AUGCAGAAUAAACUGCACGACGCUUGCUCAAAAAAUGAGGUGGAAAAAGUUCGUGAUUACGUUAAAAAACUAUCCAUCGAUGAGAUUAAUCGAGUUGAAAUUGGAACAGGAAAUACUGCACUUCACAUUGCUACGAUGAAAGGCUACAUUGAAAUCAUCAAGCUCUUAUUAGAACGAAACCCGUUCAGAUCGAUUCGAAAUAAAUCGAACAAACGUCCUUUCGAUUUAGCACCAAAUGAUAACGUUCGAAAUCUGUUUAAACGAGAAAAUUGUUCCGAUCGUUUCUGUUCGAGACCCGGCAGCCUGUCAGCUCCAAUAUCCCUGGUUAACAAAGAUAAAAAUGGUGAUGGCUGUUCACUGUGUGAUGAAAAUGAUCCGUGCGAAUGGGAAAUUGUCGACGAUUUUGCCGUCGAGAAAGCACUUCGUUUUCGGCAAGAACUGGAAUACUCACUAUUUACCCGAAAUAACGUUAAUCGUGACUUGAAAAACAAAAUUUACUCAAUCAACAAAGGUUAUCUCGAUUCGAGACUUCGUGACAUGCAUGGCAUUGACAGUAUCAAGGCAUAUUUCAGAAACGCAAGCGAGAACGGAGAUCCAUUCGAGAUAGUGCGUGCGUAUUCUUCACCUGCUGUCAGUUUUUACAAAUACGUCAACGGCGAUAUGGCACGAAACAUCAUUCAUGAUUUGAGACAAGGAUGCUCGAAAUUCUUCUGCACCCGUCUGUAUUUAGCCCAAGACGGUGUCAUGUCUAUUGCUUCGAUUCUUUUACAUCAUCCGAAAUUUGCACCGUACACUUUUCGUGGAGAAGUCUAUCGAGGCAUAGUCAUGAAAAAAACGUCUAUGGAACAUUACAGACCCCGCAAAUGCAUUGUCAACACUACUUUUCUGUCAACAUCAAGAGAUCGUGAGAUAGCAAAAAUUUUUAGCGGUCAGAACGAGGUGAAAGAAGAUCAAAUGUCGGUCUUUUGUACAUAUGAAAUUAAAAAUGAUCGUACGGCACUCUAUAUUGCUGAGUUCUCAGAGGUACCCGCUGAAAGAGAAGUAUUGAUACUCCCGUUUGCUGCGUUUACUAUUAAUGCUGUUGAAAAAAGCAACGAUGGAGACAUACAGAUAUGGCUUGAAGAAUGUGAGCUAACACAACAAAAGAGUUGGAUUACAAUUCCGUUCUUUACAUAG